ACCCUUGGCCUUCGCCGUUCUGUUUUUUGUGCUGCUCAUGCAGAUGACCAGGAAUCUGAGUGAUGCCUGGCUGGCGCAUUGGGUCACAGAGACCACACUGGAUCCCCAUUCGAAUGACACAUCGCUGGAGCAUCUGUUGGGUAACGACUCGGCAUCGGGUCAUACCACUGGCUUCUAUCUGGGCAUCUUCACGGCCAUUGCGGUGACCAAUUCUUUGGCCACGCUGGCCAGGGCCUUCAUCUUUGCCUAUGCUGGCAUCAAGGCGGCUAUUUUCAUGCACGAACAGCUCCUCAAGAAAGUCAUGUUUGCCAAGUUCAACUUUUUCGACAUUACCUCCGUGGGACGCAUCCUGAAUCGUUUCUCCUCCGAUACGAACACUGUGGACGAUUCGCUCCCUUUUAUACUCAACAUUCUGUUGGCACAAUUGGCCGGACUGGUGGGUGCCCUCUGAGUCAGUCUGUAUGCCAUGCCCUGGC